AUGAUACAGAACGAAGAGAAUAAACCAUCGUUCUUACCGACAAAGGAUGUGGAGGACUUUAGAAAUUAUGAGAAUAGUCAUCUACAGGAUACAGUGUCAAGAGCUUAUAAGAAUAGUCAUACGCUGCAGACUUUUGAGUAUGCCUCUGAGAAGUUGGCACAUUACAAGGCAUUGUCAUCUGGUGUCCAAAUGUCGAUAUGGGAGGCGGCCGAACUAUUGAAUACGAUCGUCGAUGAGUCGGACCCCGACUCGGACAUACCACAAAUCAAUCAUCUAAUGCAGACGGCUGAGGCCAUACGCAAGGUGUACCCCGGUGAGAAGUACGACUGGUUCCAUCUCACCGGCUUCAUCCACGACCUCGGCAAGAUCCUACUCACCGACAAGUUCCAAAACCAACCACAAUGGGCUGUAGUCGGUGAUACAUUCCCUCUUGGUUGUAGAUUCGAUGAGAGCAAUAUAUUCUAUGAAUACUUUAAGGAUAAUCCAGAUAAUGAUAAUCCAAAGUAUAAUACAGAGUGUGGAGUAUAUGAACGUAAUUGUGGAUUGGAGAAUGUUGUUAUGAGUUGGGGUCAUGAUGAAUACUUGUAUCAAGUAUGCCUUGGAAACAAAGCAACGUUGCCAGAGGAGGCAUUAUACAUCAUCCGAUUCCACUCAUUCUAUCCAUGGCAUAAACAAGGCCAGUACAAACAUAUUACCAACGCCAAAGAUGAGUCCAUGUUAAAAUGGGUCAAAGACUUUAACAUGUUUGACCUAUACUCCAAGGAUGCUGAGCCAGUCGAUGUUGAGAAACUUCGUCCAUACUAUCAAUCCUUGAUCAAGAAGUAUUUCCCAGAGACACUGAGUUGGUAA